AUGGCUGAAAACGAUUGCGACACUCUAUACGAGCUUUUAUUUGGAACCUCUCCGGCUGUUGAAGAUUUUCGUCCGGCACUUGUCGCUAAUUGUGUUUUCAACAGCUUUUUGUCUUAUACAACCGUCAUUUUGAACAUCGUUACCAUCCAUGCGAUAAGGAAAACCGCGUUGUUGCCAAAACCUUUGAGAACAUUAUUGUUGAGCCUGGCUGCCUCCGAUGUUGGGGUUGGUUUGUUGGUCCAACCGCUCUACAUAUCUACUUUGGUCAGCCGGUUAAAUAAAAAACGUAUCGACUGCAUUUCCUACAAGGGAUCGUCGGCUGCUAUCAACUUCUUUUGUAUAUCCUCGCUCUUUAAUGUUGUAGCCAUAAGUGUGGACAGGUUCUUAGCUGUUCGUCUUCAUCUCAGAUAUCAAGAGCUUGUGACUCACAAGCGCGUGAUUGCAGCGGUAAUAUCAAUAUGGCUGUUUAGCGCGCUUACUUCUUCUGAUCUCUUUUGGGCUCCAUUGGUUAUUACUGCAGUCAUAAGGUUGGUGAUUAUGACUGUUUGCUUCAUUCUGGUGGUAAUUGUCUACUGGAGGAUUUAUAUAGUCUUAAAGAGACACAAAAUCCAGAUUGAAGGCCUUCAAAUCCAAGAAGUACAACAGGGAGUUCAAAAUGGCGACUUGUCUAACUUUUUGAAGCUUCGAAAGUCAGCUCUUGGAACAUUUUAUGUAUGUAUUGUGUUUAUGAUUUGUUAUUUGCCUUCCUACAUUCUCUAUUUUUUUCCCCUGGCUCGCCCUAAAAGUCGAAUCUCUUUAUACGAAGCUUGGCUCUAUGCAACGACUUUGCUUUUCCUCAACUCGUCUUUGAACCCUGUUAUAUACUGCUGGAAGAUGGGACCCAUUCGUCGCACUCUCAUGGACAUAAUGCGAGGCAUCGUAAAUCGGUUCAGAGAAUAA